AUGGAUUCUACAAAGGAUAAGGUCUACGACGGUUACGUUCUCUCCGUUACAAUCAUCGAACAAACUCUGUCGUUUGAACCAUCAGUUUUACUUCUAAUUGAAGAUGAAAAUCUGGAUAUCGAACGUCUGUUUAUCUACGGUUUUUCUCCAGAUGAUGGACAACGACUAAUUGAAGAAGUUUUUACAAUUGGUCAUCAGAUGAAUAUAUUAAAUCCGUAUCUACGCAUUGGUAGCCGUGACAUGAAACCGAGUAUACGUGUUGAUGAUUUUACAUCAGUUAUUAUGCAAGAUGAAUCGGAAAAAGUGAUUAAAAUGUGUCGGUGUUGUGGCGAAGGAAAUGCUCCUCACAUGUGUAGCAUAUGUGGAAAAGCGCGUUACUGUUCAAGAGAUUGUCAAGCUAUCGAUUGGAAGCAGUAUGGACAUAAAUUGAUCUGUAAGUUAACUACGUAA